AUGUUUCCUUCUAUUCAAAUGUACAACACUGAUUGCCACUGCACCAGAUGCAAUAAUAAUGAUCAAGGAGUUUCCCAAGUAUUGAGAUAUACUGUUCAGCGUCAUAAUAAAAGAGUUAGAUUUGAAGCUGAAAAGAGAAGCAUGGGAGUAGAUACUGAAAAUGGUCAGGCCAACUCACCUAUUUUGGAUACUGUCUCGAUAUUUGAUAAUGACGUCUUUGUUGGUAAUAACUACAAUGGUAAUGAGUCUAAUAUGACCGAUGACAAUGACAGUAAUGACAAUAGCAAAGAAGACACUGCCAAGAUUUAUGUUGAAGAGUUUAACAAUGAAGACCCUUUUGCUGCUUCUGGUAUGCUCGAGAAUCCAGUGCACAGAUUUAUUGCUAUUUUCACAGUAUUGUUUGCAUCUCGUUAUGUGGUCAAUAAGAGUUCUGUUGUCUUGAUUGAGUUCAUCAACGAGCUCUUGAAGAUUUAUGGACAAGAUUUCUAA